AUGAAAGCCAUUGCUGUAGUUAUUGAGUCUCAGGAUUGGCAUCGGGUGACCGUAGUAUACAAGGACAUCCCGUCCUCCGCCACUGGAGCCGUUCUCCAACUCUCAGAAGCCCUGAAAGAUGUAGGAAUAGAAAUAGGCCACCUUCUGCCUCUCCCACCUUUGUCUUCUUCUUCUUCAUUGGUUGAAGAGCUCCAUAGUCUUAAAGAAGGGCAGUGUAGAGUGUUUGUGGUUCAUACAUCCUUGCAAUUGGGGGUUCACCUAUUCGAAACUGCCAAGAAGAUGGAGAUGAUGAAAGAAGGGUAUAUAUGGAUCAUUACAGACACCAUUUCCAGUCUUGUCCAUUCCAUAAAAGCCUCUACCAUCUCCUCAUCCAUGGAUGGAAUUGUAGGUGUCAAAAGCUACUUCAAUGAAACCACUCCCCAGUUCAAGAUAUUCCGGGGGAGAUUCAGGAGGAAGUUCAUCUCAGAACACCCUGACGAAGAAAAGAAUGAACCCGGGAUUUACGCAGCUAAGGCCUAUGAUGCCACUUGGGCUGCAGCUCUAGCAAUGAAGGGAGGAAGGGAUACUGGCCAACAACUCCUAGAAAAAAUUUCAAACGGCCAAUUUGAUGGCUUAACUGGAAAGAUCCAAUUCAGCGAUCAGAAAUUAGCCCCAGCACAUAUAUUUCAGAUCAUCAAUGUUGUAGGGAAGAGUGAUAGAGAACUAGGGUUCUGGUCCGAGACAUCGGAGGAGUCAGGUUUUUGGGGAGAUGGAAGAGCUCUGGCACAGGUGGUUUGGCCUGGGGGACCCAGGAAUACUCCAAGGGGAUGGACUCCUUCAACAGAUGAGAAGCCACAGAAGAUUGGCGUGCCCAGUGGGUCCACUUUCAAACAGUUUGUAGAAGUGAUACAAGAUGGAAAUAAUAUUUCUUUCAAAGGAUUCUCAAUCAAUGUCUUCAAUGCAACUGUGGAACGCUUGCCAUAUGCUUUGCCACAUAAGUUGUAUGCCUUCAAUGGCACAUACGAUGAACUAGUGAGACAGGUUUAUUUAAAGGUACGAGAUAUGCUGUCUUCUUUCAUUCAGUUUCUUGCUCUUCCGAUUUGA